CUUGCCAGUGCGACUAUUUGGAGGAGAUAAACUGCGCCUCGCUCCUGAGCCGCUGCAGCCGUUUUCUUUCCGUUAACAUCCUCACUUGUGAGCACCUUUCCAGUCGCUCAGCCAACCCUCUGCCACCAGGAGGCAAAUAGCAGAAGUUUUGCCCUCCGCCGUCACUUUGACCUGCGAGUUUGUGAAUACAUUUCGAAGUUUUGGGAAACGUUUUCCAACACAAAACGUGAAAUUAAGUCGACAGGAGAAGAACUUGUGGGGAGAAAACAAAGAUGUUGCAUCAUUGUAACCAAAAUAUUCAAUCACUGCUCUUUGGAUGUCUGGCUUGUCUUGUGGUGACUUCUGUCGUAAAUGCAGAUGGUCGAGUGUUUGUGUUGGACCUGAGGAACUCCACUGGCCUGCAGGGCUUCAGAGAUGCUGAGCGAACUUGCGCCUCCCAACAUGCCCGCUUGGCAUCAGCAGAAGAGCUCCGUCACGCCGUGGUGGAGUGCUUCUUCUCCCCGUGCACCCGUGGGUGGCUCCUUGGAGGCACAGUAGGGACCACAGUGUGUAAUAUCGUGGGCAGCGCACUGAAAGCAGUUGAUGUGAGGAUAGAAAAUGCUACAGACGACACAACACACCUGGACGCCUUCUGUAUCAAAGACAACGAUGUGCCGUGUGGAGACCCUCCAUCCUUCCCUAAUGCACGUCUGCAGGGACACUCUGGCUUCGAGAUGGGAGACGAGCUGCUGUACGCGUGUGUUCCAGGUUAUGUGAUGCCCGGCGGACAAACCGCCUUCAGCCUGCUGUGCGACAGCUGUGGAGAGUGGUAUGGACUGGUGCAGAUUUGUGUCAAGGAUGAGACUGAAAGGCACGUAGACUACGAGGACAAGUUCACGGAUUCCUAUGGGGAGGCAGAGCAUCAAAACGAGAGACCAGAGGAGGCUCAUGGUGAGACCUAUGAGGAGGCGCAUGGAGCUGCAUACCCAGAUGGGAAGACGAGUCACGAGCAGCAAGAGACAAGCUUCAAUGUCAAAGUAGAGGAGGAGCAUCAAGACCAGCAUGAAGUGGGAGGAAAGGUGAUUGACCAUGGUAGAAAAUUUGAAGAAGCUGUAGAAAAAAGAGAGAAAGAUGAAGAGCGGGCUGUCGAGGACUUCACAGGUCAUCCUGUGUUCGAGCAGGAGAGAACGGAGGUGGUCCAGACUGAUGCAGCUGCAGCCACAGAGGCACCAGUUUCUCUUCUCUCUCAAAAGCAUCUGUUCUGGUUCCCCUCUGAGGCCUUUCAGGAGGAGGAACCUCCUGUUUCCAACAACCCGGUUACACAGACAACACAGAGAGCCUCAGGCGCCCAAUCAGAGGAGAGCAAAGAGCACGAGAGCCAAGAAAGACCUCAUCACCAACGUCCUGUUGAUGCUGAUGAUCAUCAUGAUGACAGCUAUGAUGAUCAUGAUAACGAUGAUCAUGACCACAGCCGCCAUGACGACCGGGACAUCCAUGAGGACAGCCACUAUGAUGAUCACUAUGACAGUCACCAGGACGAAGAUCAUGAGGAUUCUGUGAAGCUUCCGGCUCAGCAUGAUGAUCUGGACAGUAGGGAACACCACGACAAACAUGACGACCACGAUGAUCACGAUGAUCACUACGACAUGGGCGAACAUGAAGAGGAACGUGAUGGUGUUCGCUACGGCAGUCAGGAGUACGAUGAUCGAGACGACACCUAUGAUGAUCACGAUGAUCAUGGUGACGAUGAUGGAGAACAUCCCGACGAGUCUGAGGCACAUCCAGACCAUGACGACCAUGACGACCAUGAUGACAGUGAGGAACACUAUGACCAUGAAGAUGACCAUUACUCUGACCACGACGAUCACGAUCAUCAUGAUCACAAAGACGAUGACAGCUAUGAUGAUCACGACAGCCACGAAGACGAUGAUGGUCGUCAGCACUUGAUCGUCUCUAUGGCAACUGAUGAGCGUCAGAACACUUCCCAGAGGGGAGUAAAGGCCACCACAGAUGAGACCUGGCUGGAUGGCUACCCUGUUGUUCCAGAAGAAACAGAAAACGGCGACUCCACAACGGAAAGGGUGAGACCAGACGGUAAAGAAAGGGGGACUGUUACCAAGACAACAGACAGACCCAAUGAGGUGGAAAUUCGUCGACCUGUUUCUUACACCAGCUUACCAGAGGAGCAUGAAUCUCCCACCACUGUGCCUGAAUUGGAUCAUGGGGUUGUGGAGGAGGUGUGGCCCGGCUUCAUCAGAACCCCUGCUCCCUCUGCUGACCAUUUAGAGCCUUCAGACUCUCCCUCGUACUCAGACACCCUGGACUACGACACCCAACAGGCAGCUCCCACCCACUCCUGGCUGGGUGACCUCACUGAACACCCCUUCCUCGAUCAUGGCCUAGCUCCUCCGGUGCACGACGAUGAUGACGACGUCUUUACCGGAACAGUGGAGGAACACAACCUGCCCGGUGAGACCGGCGAGAGGGGUGAGAUGGAAGGGGAGAUGGGGGAGACAAUCUGCGUGGGUGAGAACUGCCCUCCCCGUCCUCCAAGCUCCUCCAGUCGAGGUCCAACGGUGGCAGCCAUAAUCGUGGCGGUGUGUGCGGUUGCCACGGCAGUCAUCGUCGGGGUGUGGUGUUACCGACGGCAACAGCAGAAGAGUUCGGUGUACGAGAUGAACGGGAAAGGCCAAAGUCAGAGCCGACAGGGCCAACAGAUAGAGAUGCAGCAGAAAGUGUAGGAGCCACAGAUGAGGUGACACUGAUGAAGGGCAGAGACAUCUAGGAAGGACAGGAAGAUUCAGAUGAAGCUGGGAGGAAAGAACAGCUCCUCAUCUUGUUAGAAACUACUCCAAAUAGGUAUGAACAGAUAACUUGCUGCAGCUCUGCUUUCAUAGCAAAACUUUGCAGAACUAGAGGAAAAUUUUAGUAAAACAUUGAAACAAGAUGGUAAGCGGUAUCGAUUCUGCGGAAAGCCACCUAUCUUAUACCUAUUGAUUAUAUUAGAAGCUCUGGCAUCUAGCUGGACACCUAAAGGUGCUGUGACUGGGCUGGACUCAACUCCAGGAACUGAAAAAGGAGAUUAUAAAUAAAUGACCAUGUAGGAAAACCACACAAACGCAAGGCCCAACAGCCUGCCUGAAUACACAAACUGAGAUUUCAACCUCCAAAGCUCUUGGACAUUGUGGUAAAGAUCCUCUGUGUUACCUUUUGUUUACUUUAUUGAUUGCUGUUUUAAUUUUUGAUGUGUACUGUUCUCGAGUUAUCAUUCACCUUUUCUGUUGUUUUAUGUUCAUAAAAACUGCAUUUCACUUGUUGCUCGACCACAAGAGUGUUGAAGUUCAGAACAAUUCCGACCUUUUGGACAACUUGUCCCAAAUGACCAGUCUGGUGUCUGUCAGACCAGAAAGAAUGGAGAAAAAAGGUGAACAGGUCAGAUGAAGAGAAGCGAGAAGAGAAAGGGAAGGAAAGAGAGGUGCAGUAUGAUGGGAGAAAUAUUUUUAAGACUGUUGGUUUUGACAGUCGGCUGGUGAGACGUAUGGAGGCAUCCAGACUGCAGACUCAGCGCCAUGUAUGUGUGUGAUGGAGUGUGUGUGUCUCAGCUCGACGGUCAGCAGUUCAUUGCGUUUGAAGUUUCCGACUGAGGAACCAGAGUGGAUGCUGACGGCAUUCAAACCAAGCAGAGACUAAACACUGAGGUGCUGCCAUGGCAACAGAGAAUCACAACCCUAAAUGGAUUGAACUUAAAGUGAUCUUCUGACUGCUUAGAAUGUUUUUUUUUUCCCCCCGUUAAAGUUCAAUAAAAAAGAAUUUAGAUUUCUAAAAGUCAAAAAUAGGGCUGGAUCAUAAGUCCUAACAUAUAUUGUAUAUACACAGAAGACAAAUGUAGUAUUUUUAAUACGUCAGUUGGUGACGUUUCAUCUUUAAUGUCCUGAUUAUUCACAAAAUGACGAUAGUGUUCUGGACUGGACUCUGAGAUUCUUUGGCCAUUUAUUAUCAGAUUAGAUAUCAGUGGUUGUUGCUAUAAUUCCAAACAAUGUAGCUAUCUUUAAAAAUCAGUGAAGAAUAAAUGAGACUAAUUAGAAAUGUCUAUUUUUGCCCCAUAAAUUGGGUUUCUUGUCCAGAAUUAGUCCAAAAAAGGUAUCUCUAGUAUGUUGUAGCAAAUAUUUGAAAUGUUUAAAAUAGAAAUUUAUAUAAAAGAAUGUAAAUAGAUUCAAAAUAGCCAUAGGGGGGUUUUACAUUUCAAUAUCCGAGUGGGUUCUUCUAGUGAAAAAAAAGAUCUGUAGGGCAAUAACUUAAAUAGAAAGUGCUUUAACUAUAAUUAUUAUGAGUGGUAAUGAGUAGACGUGGCACUUUAUGGUGUCAUCAGUUUAUUUUUCGAUGUUUAAGUCAACAUCCAGCUGAUUUAUGAAAAUCAUUUUAAUGGUGUUUUAAAUUUGGGUGGGAAAUCAAAUAUUUCGUCAAACUUUUGGACUUCUGAAUUGACACUAAUGUGGUGAGGGCCUGAGGAAAGUAGUGCCUGUUGUCUAUAUGUUUCUGUAAAUAGGAAUCUAUAUACUUGCUGUACAUACUGUAGCAUUACUGGUGUGUGGGACAUGAAUUUUAGAUUUACUGUACGUUUUCUUCUUCUUCACCAAAUCAUUCAAGCGCAGUCGGCAUUAGACACACGUCUUAUACAGGGUACGCUCAUCUCUGCAAAAUCUGAUCUACUGCUUUUUACUUCACCUGCUGUUUUAAACACUAGCUCUGGAUUUGCAGUCGCAUAUAUAAAGACCACACUGGAGAUUAUUGAGCCUCUCUGAAGUCAGAAUGAUCAUAAUAAUAACCAAGAAUAUUAAAAUGCUGGGAUUCAUUUGGAGUUUUAAUAGGAAAAUCUAUCAAAACUGAUUAUCACUUAUGAAAAUUUCUCACUUUCAUUCGCAAGAUGCAAAGAUUCUUCCAUUUCUGUUUCUUUUUCAUCUCAAACAGCCUGAAGUGUCUGAUGUCAGGAUGAAAUGUGUACCGUGUUCUCUGAGUCACAAUAAACAUCUAAACAUGUG